AUGGGGAGACAGCCAUGCUGUGACAAGCAGGGGGUGAAGCGAGGGCCUUGGACAGCGGAGGAGGACAAGAAGCUCAUUAGCUUCAUCCUGACACAUGGUCGAUGCUGCUGGCGGACAGUGCCUAAACUGGCAGGGCUGCUUCGUUGCGGCAAGAGUUGUCGUCUGCGGUGGACUAACUACCUCCACCCUGACCUCAAGCGUGGCCUUCUCAGCACUGCCGAGGAGCAGCUCAUCAUUGACCUCCAUGCCAAGCUCGGAAAUAGAUGGUCCAAGAUUGCUGCCAAGUUACCUGGGAGAACAGACAAUGAGAUCAAGAACCACUGGAACACGCACAUCAAGAAGAAGCUCAUCAAGAUGGGCAUCGACCCGGCCACGCACCAGCCUCUAGCCAAUUCCAAGGCAGCUUCCUCACAGUCCACAGUUACAGAUGAAUCUGCUAAAUCCAGCGACUUCAGAGAGGAGCUGAGCUUGAAGGAUGACAGCCAUAGGGAGGUUCCGCUGUCCACUGAUUCAUUGGAGCAGUCCAGCUGGCCAGAGUCAGGCACCAACGGCUGUGAUCAAGACCCUGAACUGCUGGUGAAUUGGCUGUCAGAGACAGACCUGUCGAUGGAUGAGCCAUGGCUGAAUUUUAUGAGCAGCAACGAUGAACUUGGCAAUGUCAAGGGGAUGUUGCCAUGGGAUGGAACAACAGACUGGCUGCUGGACUACCAAGACUUUGGCAUGUGCAGCUCGAACUCAGUCGACAAUUCAAUGUUCCACGCCUCAAAUGGAUCAAACUUCUAA